AUGGCGAGUGGCCACGGAAAGGGAGAGAAGAUAUUGGUUUCGGUAAGGGUUAGGCCACGGAAUGAGAAGGAGAAGACGAGGAACGAUAUCUGCGACUGGGAAUGUAUCAACAACACAACAAUAAUCUGCAACAAUAAUUUGCCAGAGAGAUCUCUCUUCCCAUCUAUAUACACAUUUGACAAAGUGUUUGGAUUCGAUAGCCCCACGAAACAAGUCUACGAAGAUGGAGCCAAGGAGGUUGCUCUUUGUGUACUCGACGGGAUCAAUUCAAGCAUUUUUGCAUAUGGACAGACAAGCAGUGGAAAGACGUACACAAUGAGUGGCAUUACCGAAUUCGCAAUGGACGACAUUUUUGGUUACAUUGAAAAGCAUAAAGAACGCGAAUUCACUCUCAAAUUCUCGGCCAUCGAGAUCUACAAUGAAGCUGUGAGGGAUCUCCUUAGUGGGGAUAAUAAUCCAUUGAGACUUCUUGAUGAUCCAGAGAGAGGAACCGUCGUUGAGAAACUUAUUGAGGAGACCCUCCGAGAUAGAACCCAUCUAGAGGAACUCCUUUCAGUUUGCGAGACUCAGAGGAAGAUCGGAGAGACCUCCUUGAAUGAAACUAGCUCCAGAUCACAUCAGAUUCUCCGGCUGACAAUUGAAAGCUCUGUUCGAGAAUAUUCUCCUGAAAACUCCAGCACUCUUGCAGCAUCUGUGUGCUUCGUUGAUCUGGCUGGAAGUGAACGUGCUUCUCAGACUUUAUCUGCUGGUAAAAGAUUAAAAGAAGGUUGUCAUAUAAACCGGAGUUUACUUACUCUUGGAACUGUCAUCCGCAAACUAAGGUUCGACCAGCUUGAUGUCGCUCAAUCUCGGGUGGAGAACUUACUUAAAGUAACAGCAGAAGAGCGGUCGUCUAGGAUGGAUGAACAUUCCAUGUUAAGUUCCAUGGAUUUUGAUGCUGAUCUCCGAAGAAGAAGCUAUGAUUCAAUAGAUGUUGGUGAACCCAGUAUCAUUAAUAACUUAACCGAGAGGAAAUUUGAGUUUUUGGAUAACUCUGAAGAAGAUGAUUUCUUGCUGGAUGAUAAUACCCCUCAAUUUUCGAGGCACAACCUGUAUGAUGGCUGGGAGGAGAUGGUUCAAAUGACUGACCAAAACCUGGAAGACGCAUGCAAAGAAGUUAGAUGCAUCGAAACUGAAGACGAGCAGAGUCGUGGACAAGCAGUUACAGUCGAAAGCCACGACUUAUUAGAUGACAUUGUUGAUAAAAAAGCUGUGUCUGAGGUCCCCUCAUCCAGAAAUGAAGAAACUUUAUCAGCUCCAGAAUACGAAGAAGGCUAUCACUCUGUUAUGGGUUAUGAGAAAGCUGAGAAUGAAGACAUGGAGAUUAGCACGCGUGCAAUGGAAAAUGUUGACUUAUCAUUGAAAACAAUAGGUGUAGAAUUGUAUCUAGCUGCUAAGCCCGAGACCUAUGAGCUAGCUUUAAAGAACUCGGAUUUGGAGAUGAUCCCACCAUCAGUUGAAGCUCAAGAAAUUCAGGAAUCUGUGAAGGAAGAUGAACAGGUAAAGAAAGCAGAAAAGAAAACGAGUCCUUCCACAGUGCAAGCUGAGCAAUACUCAAAUAAAGAAGAAAAAGCUCAGUCAGAGCAGAUAUUAAAGGAAGACUGGGAAUUGAAUUCACUCCCUCUGAAGCAGUCUGAAAAAAUAGUCGCAGUGGAGUUAUUACCCGAUGGUGCUAAGCUAGAUGAGGAUGGCACAUCUGGAGAGAAGUGGGACAACAAACUGCCUGAAGACGCUGAUAAAAAUUGUAACGAAUCAUCAAUCAGCAAAGAUAUUGGCGCAGAUGAUGUUGACAACAAUACUUAUGAGGCUUUGAAAGAAAAGGUUAAAGAGAUGCAGAAGAAAAUUGAAUACCUUAUGAGUAUGCACACAGCAGAACAACAACAGUCACCCUCCUUCAGGAGAGAUUACAAGAGUCCUGACUUUUUCACUACCAAAAGAAGCCGAAGUUGCAGGGAGAAUCUAUUGAGCGUUAGAUCUCCUCAUUGGUUAGAAAAUUUCGAAAGUAAUAACAAUACGUCACCUUCCUGGAGGGUUAUGGAGUUUAAAGCAUCUCCAGGAGGACCCAUAAGCAAGACUUCCAACACUUCGAGCAUUUCUUUUGAUUCGGGGAGCUCUACUUCCAUUGAUACACAAAGCCUGAAAGACUGUGAACCGGAAACGGGCAAUAGCUUCCAUGAAUUUGUAGCAGGGCUUGAAGAAAUGGCAAAGCAGCACCACUCAAUUGAGUCGACACCUGACCUAGAUUAUCCGAUUUCAUAUGACCCUACAAGAACCGAAAUAAUGGAGACUAGGCCUCAAAGCCCUGCAAAUAGCAUCAGUGUAAACGCAAAUGGAGUGCAAAAUCAUCAAAACAGAACUGAAAAUACCUCAAAUGGCAGCAAUGAUCAAUCAGAGAGCGGGCAGGGCGAUGAUUUGGAAGAAGACGCAGAACCUAAGGAAACAGAUUCCACAGGGGCUUGCCUAGAAAAACUAGGUGGAGCUAGUGGACAAUAUUCAAGCAGUUCAUCAGACUUUGAGAGACAGCAAAGGCAAAUAAUUGAGCUUUGGGCGGUAUGCAAUGUACCUUUGGUUCACAGAACCUACUUCUUCUUACUCUUCAAAGGUGAUCCUUCCGACUAUGUUUAUAUGGAAGUAGAACUCAGAAGGCUAUCUUUUCUAAAGCAGACGAUAACUAAUGACCCAGAAACAUCAAGAAUACAAACGGUGAAGGCACUCACACGCGAAAAGGAAUGGCUUUCCAAACAAAUACCAAAAAAAUUUCCAUGGAACCAGAGAAUAGAACUUUACCAAAAAUGGGGCGUGGAGGUGAACUCGAAGCAGAGAAGCCUGCAGGUGGCGCACAAACUGUGGACUAACGCACUAGACAUGAAACACAUAAAAGAAAGUGCUUCUCUUGUGGCUAAGCUGCUUGGAUUUGUUGAGCCAAGUCGGAUGCCAAAGGAAAUGUUUGGCCUCAGCUUGUUGCCAAGAACCGAGACCGUAAAAUCAUCUGGCUGGAGAUUUACGAAAUCAUUCUCCGGUAUACGACUGACUGGAUGA